CCAAUGGAGGCUCUGACUGCUGAUGUUCAAGCAGUUGUCUCUGCACUGGCUGAAGCUGAUAAGGAGUUGAUUGCCACUGGACCUGAAGCCCCUCAACGUCUUGUCAACUUCAUCCGCGAGCAGUCACCUCGUGUCGCCGAACUUCAAACUAAGGCUGAGACAGCUCGCAAUAUCUUCUCUCAAACUACCGAAUGGUUUGGCGAAGCUUUGAAUAAACCUUCACCUGAGACAUUCUUCACCUGCGUUGUCAAGUUCAUUCAACAGUUCAAGAAAGUACAAACCGAGUUGGAGAAACGGCGACUUGCUGAGCAGACAAUGGCUAUGCGUAAGCAAUCAGGAACUUGCCUCCAUAAUGGGAAAAUGUCCUCCUAUGGUGUUCCUGGUACUAAUGUCAAUGCAACACCUUCACGACAACGCAGCUCCAAGGACCGAGCUUUGGCUCAGGAGGCCCGGCUAGCUAAACGCCGCAUCCAAAAUCGAACGCGCCAAAUCAACGGGGAUGGUAUGAUGGAUGAAAUCCUAGCAGUGGCCUAUUUUGUUCUGCAGCUCUUGGAUCGAAGCCCCUCCAAGCAGAAGUCCAUCCACGAAGGAGUCAUUUCAACAACACAAACUCCAGUAACAAUGGCUCUUCCGACUACAUACCGUAUAUCAAACAAUGGGCCAAAUUUCGACGUGAUAGCCGAUUUCACUCCAUUGGAGAUCGUUGGCUGCAUGGAGUUGGAGGAAGAUUGUAGUUGCAGUAGUGUGGGCAUUGGCCUCUCUCGAGGAGGUCUACAGAAGUUGAAUGUCAUCACAGAUCUGACAUCAUUUGGGUUUCUCGCAGCCUUCCUCUUGAAGCCGGGAGAACGUUGGUUGAGCACACUAAAGAGUUGUCAAUGCAAACCACAGUCUUCUCAUGUAACUUGGUGUGAUCAUGUGAGACAUGUACAGAUAGAGCUUAAAUGCCGAUGUUGA